AGGUGGGGAAAAAAUGUAUUUAACGCGGGUCACCGUGACUUAACACAUUUUAUACGGUGUGUAAGUUAAGGGGAAGUGGUUUCGUUGUUCUCAUCCUGCUCCAGGCACCUUAGUUUUUCCUUCUAAUUAGAAUCCAAUCAUAAGGACAUUUUGAGCCUAAACGAUGACAAAGAAAGUGGCGGUGGUAACUGGCGCCAACAAAGGCAUUGGAUUUGCGAUCGUGAAGGAACUUUGCAAGGCUGGUUUUGCAGGGGACGUCCUCCUUACUGCAAGAAACGAGGAGAGUGGACGAGAAGCGGUAGGGAAACUGAAAGAAGAGGGCUGCGUUGCGAUCUUUCAUAAGCUUGAUAUUUGCGAUCAAGAGAGUGCCAAGCGACUGGCCGACUUUUUACGGACGAAUUACGGCGGCAUCGACGUGCUUGUUAAUAACGCAGGAAUCGCUUUUAAAAACGAUGCAGCGGAACCCUUCGGGGAACAAGCGGAGGUGACCAUGCGCACAAACUUCUGGGGCACCCUGUGGGCCAGCAAUGCACUGCUGCCGCUGCUGCGGCCUCAUGCCAGGGUGGUGAACGUCUCCAGCUUUGUCAGCCAGAGGGCCCUGGGGCAGUGCUGCCCAGAACUGCAGGCUAAGUUCCGUGACCCUGAGCUCUCGGAAGAAGAGCUGUGUUCUCUAAUGCGGGAUUUUGUGAGAGCCGCCCAGAAAGGGGACCACCUGACCCAGGGGUGGCCUAGCACCGCAUAUGGCACCACCAAGGUUGGGGUGACCGUGCUGUCCAGGAUUCAGGCCCGAGUUCUGACCCGCACCCGGCCAUCUGAUGGCAUUCUGCUCAAUGCCUGCUGCCCCGGCUGGGUGAGGACAGACAUGGCUGGCCCCAAGGCCACCAAAAGCCCGGAGGAAGGAGCUCAGACGCCCACUUACUUGGCCCUCUUGCCUCUGGGAGCCACCGAGCCACAUGGACAGCUAGUCAGUGAGAAGGUGGUUCAGGAAUGGUAGGGGCCCAGAGGCUGCGAUUGGCCUGUGAUAUGAUGAUUAUUAUUAGCACAGACCCACUUACACUAAUCUGACUAAUUGUUCUGGGCCCAGUAGAUGACCUGUCAUUAAUGUUUUACUGGUCAUAGACUAUUUUUAAAUUACUUGCCAGUGUUUAAGGGUUGUGAUCGUCAUGUAAUCCUACAGAAGAAAUAAAUCCUCUUUACAAAUGUG